AUGUCAAUUCUUUUUAGAGGCGCAGAGUCAAUAAUUUAUUUGCAGAAUAAUCUUUUAUAUAAAGAAAGAUUAAGUAAAAAAUAUCGGAUUAAAGAAUUAGAUAAAAAAAUUAUUGAACAAAGAACCAAAAAAGAAGUAAAUACACUUAAAAAAUUAAACUUUUUACAAAUUCCUGCUCCCAUUUAUAAGCAUUCUAAAGGCAGCAUAAUAAUUAUGGAAUAUCUUGAAGGCAAAACUGUUAAAGAAUUAAAAAAUUUAUCUGAAAACAUUUUUUAUGAAAUAGGUAAAUUGGUAAAACUUCUACAUGAUAACAACAUUAUCCACGGUGACUUAACAACAUCUAAUUUUAUUUAUAAUGAUAAAAUAUAUGUCAUUGAUUUUGGAUUAUCUUUUACUUCUACAAAAGUUGAAGAUAAAGCUGUUGAUUUGUAUGUUUUUGAAAAAAGCGUAAAAUGUGCGCAUGAUGAGAAAUACUUAGAAAGCUUUUAUAAAGGAUACAAUAAUGAAGAAAUAUUGCGAAGAUUAGAACUAGUAAGAAAAAGGGGUAGAAAACAAGAAUUUGAUCAUUAA